AGUAUUGUGUUGUGCCAGGAACAAUUAGGAAUGCCAUUGUAUAAAUAUGCAAUUCUUUUUUUAAAUUUCUAAAGUGUGAUGGAAUGAAUUAAGAUAUGGAUAAAACAAAUUAUAACAUAGCACAACUUCCCGAUAACAUUUUAAACGACUUACGUUGUUCAAAAUGUCAACAAUUUCUCUCAUGUGGUCCAAUUACCAUUUUGGCAACAACGGGAGCAAGUUGGUGCGGAAGAUGUUACACAAAAGACUCCGAUAAUUUUCGAGCGACAGCUUAUGAAGCAGUUGCCGCUUAUUUCUUGUUUCGUUGCAAAAAUUGGAAGAAACAUUGCGCUUAUCUCCUCAAUUGGGACGAAAUUUUGGAUCACGAGGACACCUGCACUUUCGGAAGUUGUUGCGGAAUUCUUUGUAACAACCCCGGCGUGUUUUUCAAAUCGGAUAAUAAUCUCGAUUUUAAUAAAGGGAUAGAGACAGUUUACAACAUUCCAGAAGCGAUUCUCGAGAUUUUAACCUGCAGCCUUUGCGAAUAUUACCUCUGUUCAACGCCGAUUUUUGUAAGCGCGGAAGGAAAAAGCGUUUGCCAUCGAUGCUUCGCAAUAAAAAAUCAAAUGUUACCCAGCAAUUUCGUCCGACACCACGCUUUAGAAAAAAUUUUAACUUUAAUGCUAUUUCCUUGCGUAUUUCGACAUCGAGGUUGCACGAAAUUCUUUCGAUUCGGCUCAAACACCACGGAGCACGAAAAAGAAUGUUCAUACGGACAGGUACAAAAGAAACCAUUAAAAAAGUACACCGAAGGUAAAAAAGAACGAGGAGUUAUCGAAACCCAUUCCGGACAUACUUACGGCACGAUUACACCGAAUUCGCAAUUUUUUGUAGCCCAGGAAAAAGUUACGAGUAAUAAUUCGUUUCGAAUUGACCCUAUUAAAAUGAUCCCGAACGAAGCGCAAGGAUUUUUUAUUAAACAAUUAAUGAAUCAUCGCGAAAAUUUGGUUGAAAAUCGGUGGAGAAAUUCGAAAUUAAAUAACGACGUUUAUUACAAACCGACUGAAAUAAACAAUUUUAUCGAAAAUCCUCCAACAUCUCCCACUUCAAGCUCUUAUUAUCAUAAUUACAUCAAACCGAAUCAUGUCGAUGAUUUCUAUCAACGUCAAACAUCCAAGAAUGGACCAAUAACUAAAGAGCCAAAUACAAGAAAUGAUUACGUCGACGAAGGUUUCAAUUCGACCGAUAGUGACUCGAGGAAAUAUCAAUCAUUUAACUCCGAGAGUCCAAUAUCGCCGAAUUCGCCGAGAAGUUCCGUUUAUGCACAUUCAUCACCGAUUACAUUGAACCCAAACGAUUUGGACACAUUCUCUAACUUUGAUUUUAACGUUAAAAGAAACGAGAGUGUUAAUUCCGAUGGAAGAAAUAGGAAUAAUUUACAAUAUAAUGGAAGUUUUAGGAAUUAAUGUUUCAAAUUAUGAUUUAGGAGUGGGUUAAUUUAAUUCAUAGAAUUUAAUGUAUUAUUUU